UGAAUUGAACCAGAAUGUCCGGACGCGGAAAGCAAGGCGGCAAGGCGCGGGCCAAGGCCAAGACGCGCUCGUCCCGCGCCGGGCUGCAGUUCCCCGUGGGCCGCGUGCACCGGCUGCUGCGCAAGGGCAACUACGCGGAGCGCGUCGGGGCCGGGGCGCCCGUCUACCUGGCCGCGGUGCUGGAGUACCUGACGGCCGAGAUCCUGGAGCUGGCGGGCAACGCGGCGCGGGACAACAAGAAGACGCGCAUCAUCCCGCGCCACUUGCAGCUGGCCAUCCGCAACGACGAGGAGCUGAACAAGCUGCUGGGCAAGGUGACCAUCGCCCAGGGGGGCGUCCUGCCCAACAUCCAGGCCGUCCUGCUGCCCAAGAAGACCGAGAGCCACAAGGCGAAGGGCAAGUGAGCCCGCCCGCCGCCACCGCCGCCCGCCCGCAACGACACCCAAAGGCUCUUUUAAGAGCCACCCACGCUUUCAUGGAAAGAGCUGGGGAGAACAGAACUUGGAGUGGGUGGAGGUUAACUUCCAGCAGGAACCCUGG